ACAAGGACAGAAAGGUGACAUGCCUGAGUUAGUAAACAUAGUGGAGAACUCCUUUUAUGUUGAUAACUGUCUUUACAGCACACCAACAGCCAAUGAAGCUAAGGACGUUGUGGAUGGACUGCGUCAGUUGCUGGCUGAGGGAGGCUUUGAUUUAAGACAAUGGGCCUGUAAUGUACCAUCUGCGAUCCAGCAUCUUCCCGUGGAGGCCCUGUCUACCAACAGUGAACGAUGGUUAACCAAAGCUAGCGCAGAUCUGCAAGAACCCACUCUUGGCCUACGGUGGAAUUGUCUCAAUGACUCUCUGGGUUACAAUUUACGUUCUGCAGAGCCAUUGGAGCCUACUAUGAGGAACAUGUACAAGACAUUGGCCAGUCAGUAUGAUCCUUUAGGAUUUAUUAUCCCGUUCACUACAAGGGCUAAAGUCCUCAUUCAGGACCUUUGGAAGCAAAACUUGGGCUGGGAUGAUCUGAUUGAGCCUGCACAACUGAGGAAUAAGUGGUUAACCUGGGUAGGAGAAAUUCCAACACUCCUUCAGUUGCAGUUCCCUCGACUAUACACACCAGUCUGGCCUGAUAAUCCUCCUGUCACUCGAGAGCUACACAUCUUUUGUGAUGCAUCUGAAAGAGCGUAUGGGUCAGUGGCUUAUUUACGUACUUCUGAUGAUUUUGGACAUGCUGCCGUCACCUUUGUCUUGGCCCGAUCAAGAGUGGCUCCCAGAAAAUGCCUAUCCAUGCCUCGUUUGGAGCUAAGUGCAGCACUGACCGGCGCCCAGUUAGCCCAAGUAAUACAAAAUGAGUUAACUCUUCCCAUUGAUUCAGUCACUCUCUGGUCUGACUCAACAACUGUGCUGUACUGGUUGACCGCAGAGUCUUGCCGCUACAAGGUGUUUGUUGGAGGACGUGUAGCUGAAAUACAGACUCUCACUGAGACAGCUGAAUGGAGGUAUGUUGAUUCGGCCAACAACCCGGCUGACCAUAUCACAAGGGGUCUAACUUUAGCGGAGCUAACAGGCCCUCACCAAUGGAAUUCAGGACCAUCCUUUCUUCUCGAGUCUGUUGAUCAAUGGCCAUCCAUUCCCAAGCUAGCGGUAGAACCAGAACUCAGUGAAUUAAAGAAAGCUGCCUUCGUUGGUACUAUUUCAGUGAAUAACCCUUCACUCCCAGACCCAACUCAGUUCUCUACAUGGCAAGAACUUGUCCAGGCCACUGUUAGGUCCCUGCACGGGGCGGCUACUGCUGAUAAUAAAUUCUCUAGUGACGCAGCCGAUUAUAUUGAAGCUGAGAAACUCCUCCUGGCACAGGCUCAAAGUGACUCGUUCCCAUAUGAGAUCAAGGCUCUGAAGACUGCCCAAUCUCUACCUUCUGACAGUCGUUUGAUCUCUCUUGCCCCUGAGUUCGAUGAAGCCACAGGUCUCAUCCGAGUAGGGGGACGAUUACGUCGGGCUGAUAGCCUACACUUGGAUGCUAUCCACCCAAUUGUGUUGGAUCCUGGCCACCCUGUCACCAAGCUGUUAAUUAAGGAGACAGAUCAGCGACUCCUUCACCCAGGCUCCGAACGGGUCCUAGCUGAACUGCGCCGCCAGUAUUGGGUAUUAAGAGGCAGAGAAGCAAUUCGGAAACAUCAGCACACAUGUAGAGACUGUCAGUUCUGGCGUGCUAAACCUCAGACACCCCAAAUGGCCGAUCUUCCAUCCAGCAGACUGCAACUUUACAAACCCCCGUUCUACUCUACAGGGGUAGAUUGCUUUGGCCCCUUCACGGUUAAAGUUGGUCGUCGCCAAGAGAAGAGGUGGGGAGUCCUUUAUAAAUGUAUGACAACCAGGUGCGUGCAUCUAGAUCUACUGGAACAACUAGACACUGAUGCAUUUCUGCUUUCUCUGCGUCGCUUCAUCGCAAGACGAGGCAAGCCCAUGGAACUGCUAUGUGACAAUGGCACUAACUUCGUCGGAGGGGAUCGAGAAUUACAAGAGACCUUCAAUGCCAUGGCACCAAAGCUUCAGGAGCAGCUUGCGGAGCAAAGGAUUCGAUUUCGCUUUAACCCACCAAGUGCUCCUCAUUUCGGGGGAACCUGGGAGCGUGAGGUCAAAUCGGUGAAGUCCGCUUUACGUGUCAUCCUGCGAGAGCAGUCAGUGCCAGAGGCAGUAUUGCAAACCCUGUUAGUGGAGGUGGAAGGCAUUCUGAAUUCCAAGCCACUUGGCUACAUAUCCUCUGACGUCGCAGACUUGGACCCAGUGACUCCCAACCUGCUCCUUAUGGGCCGACGUGAUGCCUCACUUCCUCAAGUUCUGUAUGACUCCAACAACUUGCUCGGCAGACGCAGAUGGAGACAUAGCCAGGUGUUGGCUGAUAAUUUCUGGACUGCCUUCAUCCGCCAUCAUCUCCCAAGUUUACAGGAUCGCCAGAAGUGGAGGAAGGAUGGCAAGGAACUUACCGUGGGCCAAGUAGUUCUUAUUGUUGAUCCACAACUCCCACGUGCUUUAUGGCCUGUAGGAACAGUGUCUGAAACGUUACCUGGAGCUGACGGUAAAAUUCGUACCGUUAGAGUUAAAGUUAAGGAAAAAACUUACACUCGUCCAGUUGUGCGAUUAGUUCCACUUCCGCACUUAGAGGAUAAUGUUCCGGACACCGCCGACAAACUUUCUUAAAAUGUACAAUUCUCCAGACCGAUAAUUGGGGGCGGCUGUGUCAGAAAGCCUGUCCUAGGAACCUAAGUUAGUAAUUGUUUCCCGCACGGACAUUUUUACAUGACGCACACCAAUACGGACUGAAUACGGACUGAAUGCCAUUCACUGUUUAUGCUGCAGGUUAUGCUCUGCAAAUGCGUUUAUGUUAUACAAACCACACACACCCACAUUCUUUGCAAUAUCUCCAGUGCAUACCUCAGCUGCAUAUUCAGGACAGAAAAUAAAUGCUCAUCAGAAAGAAUCUCUUCUCCACUCUUGAUUUUCUAACCGAAAUCAGAUCCAUAUUUGGCCGCCUCAGCCAGCUAAAAUCUUGAAUGU